AUGAUGCGAAUUGGGGGCUUGAGGCCUAGCCGCAGAAAGACGCAGCUGCUGCAUGGCUUCAAAACUAAUGGCGGGAGGAAUCGCCCUUUCGUCAGCGCCCCCAGUUGCGCGCCGAGCGACGAUCGGGGACAGUACGACGAUAUAGGAAAGGUUAAAGAUGAAGAAGAUUUGAGGAACUUUUAUUUUCGCUAUAGUAAAAGGGAACCCACCGAGCUGAUGCGCGACUAUGAGUUACUAACCAGUGGGACGUUAAAGAGGAAGUGUUCCCUUGCAGAGGUGAUUGAAUGCCGCAAAAUUGUUAAUUACCUGCUGGACACGGCGUCUGUGGUGCACUUCUUACAUUCGAAGGGGGGGGGCCAGAAGAGUAGGGCUACUCUCCCUGCAGCUAAUGAGAGACAUCACCCAAGCGGACCAAACAACGUCUACUACAUCCACAACAUUGAAAAACCAAAAGUGAAUAGAAACGAAUUGAUACGGACGAGCAGGAACAACCGCUGCAUGAAUGGCCUCCUGAACAGCAACAUGCACAGAUUUAUUUAUAGGCUGAAAAAAUGUGACAUUUGGAAUUAUAAAGAGAAGCUAAUAAAUAAGGAGCGUGUGAAUUACUGCUCGCUGCUAUUCCCGUUAACAUAUUUGAAUAUGAGGAGGGCAAACGGAUCUGAAGCUGAUUCGUACUACGCGGAUGUAACCCUCUUCUAUCAUCAUGUGCACAGAAGGAACAGUAAAUCGUUCGUAGAGAUACUCAGACGAGCUAACUACAAAAUUUUGUCCGCGCAAGAAAUGAAAAAUGGACUCCUCCUCUUGACCGUCUUACAUCACAACAACAUCUCCAUGUCAAGUGACAAAAGCAGCAUCGUCAAGUGUGCAGGCACUUUGGAGGUGUCCUACAGAAAUGAAGAUUACGUUAAUAAAAAAAUGCUGCAAGAUAUUUUCAUGAACUUGUGUCAGGCGAUUUGCUCCAAGGUGGAGUCCAUUUCGUUCCUCCAGCUGUACGACUACCUGCUGCUCAUGUGCGUGAACGAAGUGAAGAGCAAGGGGGUGUACGCAGCCAUCGUGAGCCGCCUGUCGCACUACGUUAAUGUUGUUAACAAGGUCAGCAACGACCUGAACAGGGCAGGCGAAGCGGGUGGGGGGGGUGCAAUGCAGAGCGGCAAUCCAGGGGAGGACCCACUUGGCCGUGAAGUCGAAUCAGUCGACGGGGAGGCAGACACUUCAGAAGCGACAAACAUGGCAGGCGCUGCAGAUAUGGCAGGCGCUGCAGAUAUGGCGAACGCGGCAGAUAUGGCAGACGCGGCAGAUAUGGCAGACGCGGCAGAUAUGGCAGACGUGACAGAUAUGGCAGACGUGACAGACGAGUGGGCGCAAAGCAUCGCGCCGAGCGAGGAGGGCCGCUUUCACCUGAGGAGGGACCACCGCCAGCACAUAACGAGCAACCUGCUGGGCAUCAAGAACAUCCUGCUGCACAAAGUGCUGCUGCUCUACAUGGCGAAAUACCUGUUCAGCCACAUAGACAGCAACAUCUUGUACGCCCACUCCGACCUGAUCUGCGAAAACUUGGAGCUAAUGACACAUCAUAUGAUAACAAAUUUUAUUUUCACCAUCGGGACGUGCAAACACAUCGACGAAUUCUGCAUGUUCAUGUUGGCCAAGUACGUACAGAAUUAUGUGCACACGUACUCACCAAAUGAAAUUACCAUCAUCGUGAAUACCUACGCGGAUGCCUCUUUGGAGGACGUCAGUUUUUACGAAACCAUUUGUGAGCAUAUGAAGAGGAACUUCGAAACGUUCUCCUCUAUUGACAUUAUCAAAAUAAUUCAUGCAUUUUCCAAGGUGAGGAUUCGCGACGUUGAGUUGUUGAAAAUGGCUUAUGAAAAGAUAAACGGUUAUUUGGAGGAGAGGGAGAGAAAAAUUGGCGACAUGUCUGUGCAGGCGAAGGGGUCAUACGCACAAUGGGAGAGCGAAAAAAAAAAAAAAAACUUCAGCACAGACAUCAGCGGUGAUGCGGUCGUGUCAGUUGGCGGCAACACCUGUAGCGCCGGUAACGAAGCCUAUGGGGACAAACAAAGCAGAGGGGAUGCGAAAAGGAAGAAACACGUCAUCAACAAAUACCUGUGCGCGUACGCGUUAAUUGCGGCGGGCAAGCUGGAUUACGUAGAGGAACUGGACAAACUGUUCGUGCACCUAAAGAAUAGCAUCCGCAGCGAAGGCAUCGACAUAAGAGGCGUGUUGUGGAUGCCCAUGGCCAUCACGAGCUUGCUAUCUUCGGAAUGUAUUUUUCGCUUCCUUCCCAUUUAUGUAAAUUUAAUUUACAACGCUUUCAAAAAAACGCAGUCCCCCAAACUGCUUUCGCUGCUCAUACGAAGGCACAGCAUUUUAUUGCACACAAUCGAGACGGACAUCAUUCCGAAGAAAUACAUCAGUAAGGGGACCCUCAACAAUCUGUAUUACAUUUGCAGAACGAAGAAGGACAACUCGAAGGAGAAGGUGUUCAUCCCAGAUAGCUCCACCUUCCACAUUGAAGUCUCCAACGCGCUGUUAUCCCUCGACAUUGCGCACAGGAAGGAGGUUAACAUUUACCCCUUCACCAUUGACAUUUUUAUUAGCAGGCCCGGAGGUGGCUCCGAUGGCGCACCGAAGGGUGGGCAAUCCAACAACACGCAGAGAGACGCACGCAGGGUGGCCGCACCCUGGAGCAACGGCACGAUGAGUUUUGCCCCUGACCAUGCCGCGAAGGGGAAGAAGAAAGCACACCCGCAUGACAGCAACGGCAUCGACAGCCACAGCGACUACGACAAGGACGACACCAACUUCGAGCACACAUUCGAAACGAAGAAGGUGAAGAAGAAGUCCAAGAACAAAAACGAGGUGUACACGGACGUGCCGAUCGCAUAG